AUGCCUUCCCCCAUACACAAGGCUAUAAUCAAGGUUAUCAGCAAAGGAUUGGAACAUCUAGAUCUUGUUCUGCAGGAUUUCAUUGCUGGGGAUUUAUUGUCCUCAGACACCCAUACCAACUUGACCAUCAAUGGGGACUCAGUGAAAUGCAUCCCUGAUAUCCUCCAUGUAGUCACUGCCCUCACUGACCCCCCCAUCCUAACCACCCCUGUCAUGGGCAAAGUGGCUGUCCAUGAACGGAUCCCCUACAGCCCACCCAUACAACUCAGUCAUGCAUGGCAAAAGCUACAAAAGGAAGAUAAUCUUCGUUUCUACACCACCUUCCUUUCCAACAGCACUGGAUCAAGAUCACUCAAUAAACCCACUGAAAUUGUGGUUGAACAGCACCUCUGGCAUGCAAUGUUAAGUGUGCAUUUUCAGGUCUGGGUGCAAGACAACAACGGGCAAAUUGACAUAGAAACACAGAACCCAGACUUCACAACAUGUGGCGAAUUAUUUCUGAACACUUCAAUGGGCAAUGUCAUGCUUAUGAUAGAGAGGGGACUGUCCCAGAUGAGGGACCAGUAUGUACAUUUGGCUCAACAGGCCAGCCAAAAUGUUGAUGUUUUGGCUCUGCUGGAAGUGCCUGUCACUCUCCCCUUUGGAUGGGAUGGGAUGCUUUCUAAGCUUGCCCUUGCAAGCAUGUUGAUGGCUUAUGAUCGGUACAAAAGUUGGUAUAGUAUGGUGACAGGCAGUAGGGGUGUCAAGCGCACAGCAGAUGAAGCAUUUAAUUCAGGACCAGCCAGGAACACACGUUCAUGCACGCAUGCUCGCACUGCUGCACUUGCCCAAAGCCAGAGUGUACCAUAA